AUGGGGAUAUCGAGGGUGAGGGCUUGGCUAGCCGUGGCGGCCCUAGCGCUAGGGUUUGAGUGGACGACAUCCUCGGACAUCAUUGUCCAAGGAAUUACGCUGUGGUCUCAAACCCAAAAUCGAACCAUCGGCCAAGGGGGGCUAGUAGCUGGUGACGGUUCGGGAACCGGGCCACCUUCUGGGGGACAUAUCCGUAAAGUUGAAGGAAUGAUCCCGGCCGACCUAGAUCGUCGAGAUCCGCAGGGUAACGUUGGGAAUGGAGGAGGACUAGAGGUGCAACUUGCCUUACUUUACUUCGAGGCCACAUGGGGAAACAACGGCCACAGCUACUCGCAGUUCUUCGGCGUCUCGAACUUUGAAAACCGAGCGCUAGCCCAAUCCAUCGGGAACGGCGGUCCCGCCUAUCCCGAAACGGGCAUACCCCCUUUCAAGGACGACGGCGGCGUCCAAACCACCACCGCCACCGCCGCUACCACCGCCGUCACCGCCAUCACCGAACCCACCAACGCAUCCGACGGCGCCCUCGGCGGCGGACUGGACCGGCCCACAUCCGAAAGCGCAAACAACAACGGCGGCGGCCUCGCCGUCGGCGCCAUCAUCGGCAUUGCCGUCGGCUGCGGCGUCGCCGGCCUGCUCCUCAUCCUAGGCCUCGCGUGGUACCUGCUCCGCCGACACCGGAAAAAGAAGGCCCUGCACUCCGCCAGCUCCACAUACGGCACCGGCGCCCGCGGCGAGGAGCUCAUGGCGGAGAAGGAAGCCUCCGCGGACGUCGACGUCACCCCGCACUCGCCCUACUCGGACGAGGGCGCGCCCGGCGGCGGCGGCAGCGGCGCGGGCCCCAGCGGCCACGGAGAUGGGACGAACGGGGCGGGUGCGGUGGCAGCGGGGGCGAUCGCGGCGCCGCCCAACCUGUCGCACCUGCAGGACCCGCCGCGGUCGUUCACGCCGUACUCGGACCGGCCCAGCGUCGGCGGCACGGCUGCAACGGCGGCGGGGACGCCCAGUCUGCGGGCUCCGUCGCUGGCGCAGACGGAUGAGGUGCGCGUCAGCGUCCCUAGUCCGAUACCGGGGCGGGCGACGCCGCGCGGGCUGACGACGCCAUACGCGCAUCUGGUGGAGGAGGGCAUGACGGAGGAUGAGAUUCGGAGGUUGGAGGACGAGGAAAGGCAGCUGGAUGCGGCGAUUGAACAGGCGGGGAGGCGUUGA